CUUCGUUUGUGCUUAUAAUAUUCAUAGUUCAAAUGGCUCCUCAACUGUAUGGAGAUAUCAGAAGUCCGUGUGUGAGAGCAGUUCUACUAACUGCUAAGGCACUUAAUAUUUCACUAGAAUACAUUCCUAUAGAUGUCGUCAAAAAAGAACAUCUGACGAAAGAAUAUUUGAAGAUAAAUCCAUGUCAUACCGUUCCAGCUUUAAUAGACAAUGGUUUCACUUUAUGGGACAGUCACGCAAUUAUGAUAUAUUUGGCUGAAACAUAUGGCAAUAAUAAUCCUAUAUAUCCUAAAGACAUUAAAAAACAAGCAAUAAUUAAUCAAAUGCUACAUUUUGAAAAUGGUAAAAUUUUCUCUAUACACGUCUACAUAGCUGACCUCCUGUUGCAUAGAGGAAUAAAAAAAAUCCCAGAGGAAGCCGCUACGCGUCAAAUACAAGGUUAUGAAUUCGUUGAAACAUUUUUAACGAAUUCAAAAUUCAUAGCAGGAUAUGAACUCACAAUAGCCGACUUCAGUGCUUGGACCUCACUCUCAGAUUCCAAUUUACUCGUACCAAUCGAGAAAAACAAAUAUCCGAGGAUAAUAAAAUGGGUUGAAACACUGGAGCAACUAGCUUACGGUGAUAUAAACAAGAAAGGUGUAAUGGAAUUAGCAAAACUAUUCAAUACAAUUCAAUUACGCUCCUUAUUGUGAAUUAUAUAAAAUAUUUGUACACAAACAAUUUUUGUUGGUUUAUUUAUCAGAGUUGUUUCUCAUGUAUUGACUCUUUGAUUAACUAUAUUUUUGUUUUAACCUCAUCCUUAUUCACAAAUUCUAUCGGUAAUGAAGUAAAUAUAAUUUGAAAAAAAUGGA